GCCCUGGGGCGGCCCGUGGUCCCGCUCUGGGGCGGCCCGUGGUUCCGCUUUGGGGCGGCUCGUGCUCCAGCCCAUGGUCCCGCUCUGGGGCGGCCCGUGCUCCAGUCCUGGGGCAGUCUGUGCUCCAGCCCAUGGUCUUGCUCUGGGGAAGCCCAUGGUCCCGCUCUGGGGCGGCCUGUGCUCCAGCUCUGGGGCAGGCCCAGCCCAUUGUCACCACACGACCAGGCCAGGCCGUGAUGCCAGCGCCCCCUUGCUAUGAGGCCACGCUGCAGCUGGUGCCUUUCCAGUCCGGCUGCCAGAUCAGGCUGCGCCUCAGCUGCCUACCCUGUCCCCCGACAUGAACUCCCCUGCCGUGAUGGGGCCUGGCAAGCUCUGCACGGCUGCUCGCCACAGGCUGGGCUGCAGCUCACAGGGAGUUUCCCUUGGCUGUAGAGUGAAGCACGCACUGUGCCUACCCCCGAGGGCUGCCGAGACCAAGCACUCUCCUGCCUGCAAGCACGCGGGGACGAGGUUUUGUACAGGAAGCAGCAAUGAGUGCGGAAGUGGAGAGUCAGCUGCGUGGUAUUCUCCUUCAGCAGCGAGCACUCGGCCCGUGAGGAGCUGUGACACAGCCAGCUCUGCCGGCUGGCCCCGGCUCUCAGAGAACGCGUAGCAGUACAGGGCCAUGGAUUCUCCUCUCUCUCCCUCCUCUGCCAGGAAGGAAGCUGGGAUGUUCCUGACUCUAAUCCUCCUGCUCUCUGGUCGCAGCCUGCGAGCCAUGGCUGCCCAGAGCCCACAAGGCGUGGAGUGCAUAGUCUUCAACGAUCAGUACCUGACCUGUAUGUGGGGCAGCAAAGCGACACUGACAGCCAAUUACUCGCUCUAUUACUGGUACAUUCCCCCAAGGAGUGAAAACCACAUGCCAGUUGAGGAAUGCAAGCACUACCUCCAGGAGGAGGGCAUCAACACGGGCUGCUGGUUCAACCACAGUGAGAUCAUCCAGUUCCGCCCCUUCUACAUCCACGUCAACGCCAGCCAUGGGGGCAGGAGCCUCAUCAUCCCCACCAAAGUCAUGAAACUGCAGGACCUAGUGAAACCCGCUCCACCUGUGAACCUGACCAUCCAGAACAUAAGCAAUAACCAGCUGCAGCUGACCUGGGACUCCAUGUACCUCAAGCCCCUCUGCUUGGAAUAUGCUGUCAAAUACAAAAGCAACCAGGACACCAGCUGGACGGAGCACUUGGUCAGUGGCAAGAUCUUCUCCUUCCCUAGCGUGGACUACGAGAAGUAUUACACCUUCUACGUGAAAAGCAAGAUCAAUCAGUACUGUGGCACCACCCAGCUCUGGAGCGAGUGGAGUGUCCCAGUGUUCUGGGGCAACAAUGCAACAGACCAGGGCACGGCGGAGGAGCAGGCACCAUGGUUCUGGAUUCACGUGGUUCUCCCCAUUGCCUCUUUGAUGCUCUUCCUAGUCCUUGUCAUUUUGCUGAUUCGAAUGGAAAGAGUCUGGGUCAUUCUCAUGCCCAGAAUCCCCAACCCCAGCAAGAACUUCGAAGAGCUCUUCAACACCCACCAGGGCAACUUCCCGGAAUGGGCCGGAGUCUCCAAGGACAUCGUGGAGAGCUUUAAACCUAACUACAGUGAGAGCUUCUGCUACGUCAGCGAGCUGCCCCCCAAGGAGGGCAGCACGCCCCUCUGGGAGGGCCGUGACAAGCUGAGGGCCCCCCCAGGGCGCUUCUCAGCCCCAGCCUCCAGCAGCAGCCCUGGGCUGAGCCUCUUCAAGAACAGCUACGUGGGAGUGUGACAUUACCAGCAGGAGUCGGGAUUGUCUGCUUCUAGCGCCUCUCCUCACACUGCACCCCCACCCUCCUUGCCCCGCCCCAAUGCCUCCCCCAUCCACCCCAGCACCCCUCCCCAUCCAACCCAGCACCCCUUGCCCAGCGCCUCAAGCACUCCCCCCAGCCCCCGUCUGCAAGCGUACACCUCUUUCCACAUACACGACUCUCCCCUCAUCAUUCUUUCAGUGCCCCCCCGCAUGCACUUUGCAUCCCUGCCAGCCGCCAUGCGGCUCACCAGCAUAAGGCACCUGGCCGUGUGCCUGCUGUGCCCCGAACAUUUGUCCUGCUUGGCCUUGCUGCCCCUACUGCUCCCCACAUUCUGCCUGGGCUGAUCAGGGCCCUGGCGGAGGAGCUCUCUGGCUGGUGACUGUGCAGCAGAUUUACAAAUAAAAACAGUCUCACCCAA